GUUGCUCGUGGCCGUUCUUGUGCAAUAUUGCUACUCCCCGUGUACUACCCCUCCUGCGCCAACCAUGUCAACUGAACUGAAGAGCAUCGCCUACUUUGUCAACUGGGCCAUCUACGGCCGUGGUUAUAACCCACAGGACCUGCCCGCUGAGAAGUUGACUCAUGUUCUCUAUGCAUUUGCCAAUAUCCGCUCCGAGACUGGAGAAGUAUACCUGACCGACAGUUGGUCGGAUGUCGAGAAACAUUAUCCUGGAGAUUCGUGGAAUGACGUCGGUUCCAAUGUCUACGGAUGUAUUAAACAGCUCGGUCUUUUGAAGAAACAAAACCGGAAGCUGAAGGUGAUGAUCUCCAUCGGCGGCUGGACCUACUCUUCCAACUUUGCCCAGCCUGCCAGCUCUGAGGCCGGAAGAGCCAAGUUUGCCGAGUCGGCUACUCAACUGGUCCUGGACAACGGACUUGACGGAAUUGAUAUCGACUGGGAAUACCCCCAAGAUGAUACCCAGGCCCAGAACUUUGUCUACUUGCUUCAAGCCUGUCGAGAGCACCUUGAUAGAGCUGCCGGCCCGGACCGCAAGUUUUAUCUAUCCAUUGCUUGCCCUGCUGGCCCCUCCAACUUUAACAAGCUUAAAAUCACCCAAAUGACCCCUCUGCUGGACUUCUAUAACCUCAUGGCCUACGAUUACGCAGGCAGCUGGGACCAAUCCGCCGGUCACCAGGCCAACACCUACCCAUCCGACUCUGUCCAAGCCGCGACGCCCUUCUCCACAGAAGCCGCACUAAAAUACUACAUCGAUGUCAACGGUGUGCCAGCAUCUAAGAUGAUCUUGGGCAUGCCGCUGUACGGCCGCGCAUUUACCAACACCGAUGGACCCGGCUGCGGAUUCAACGGUGUCGGACCCGGCAGCUGGGAGAAUGGAGUGUGGGACUACAAGGCGCUGCCCCGACCCGGAGCCACCGAACAGAUCGACACACAGGCCGGCGCAUCCUGGAGCUAUGACAGUAGCGCACGCACGAUGGUCUCCUACGACAACCAGCAGAUGACCCAGAUGAAGGCGGACUUUGUCAAGCUGCGCGGACUCGGUGGAGGUAUGUGGUGGGAGAGUAGCAGUGACAAGGGAGACAAGGGAGCCAAUGCAUCGGAUGGCAGUCUGAUCGGUACCUUUGUGGAUGGCAUCGGUGGUGUCAAUGCGCUGGACCAGAGCGCGAACGCCAUCAACUUUCCCGAGAGCAAGUAUGCCAACUUGCGCGAUGGCUUCCCUAGCCAGUAG